UCUCAUCAAAGGGAUGUUUAGGGUGGUUUGCGCUGUCAAAGCAUUGAACCCGGACCAGGCCAAGGAGAGCGGCCUAGAGCCGGCUCCGGACGUCCUGGCUCCGCGCGCUCUAAACUGAUAGCCGCAGCCUCCACUUCCAUUGAUGUGCUCAUAUAAUGACAUGAAACAUCAAAUAAAUGCUAAAUACGUAGCAUUCAGGGCCCGCAGCAGCCGAGCAAGCAGUUGACCUGCCGGUUGAUCGCGCCCAAGUGCCCUUCGUGUGUGCCUUCCCUGUUGCUGUUCCCGUUGCGUACAAAUAUAGCAAUUUACCGACAAAUUUGCAGGUGGUGACGAGAGUCACCGGUUGUUAGUUACAUACUGCACGUUCGUUGAUUGCAUCCUUAGUCUGCUGCCGCCGCCCGUCUUCUCCACUUCCCGCUGUCGUGUUAGCUGUGCGCCGCCCCCCUUUGGGUGCAUGACUCCAGGCCUCCUACACAUGGCUGUCUCUGAGCCACCUCCUGGCCACUGCAUAUGGCCACUUCAUGCCUCCCCGCCGGCGUCAGCGCCGUUGUGGGCCGCCGCACCGGCGGCAACACCAGCGCGGCCGGGGACACAACGGCUGUAGCACCACUGCUGCUUGCCUCGCUGGAUGUUCUGUGCUACGACACGGCUGACUACAGCCUCAACAACCUGUACGGCGGCACUACCGCGGUCGAUGACAAGGUGUUUGGCGAGCGGUGCCCACAGCUGACACUCGCGUCGGGUGUGACGCUGGUGCGCUCUAAAUUUGACGGCUUCACGUCGCUCCGGCUGCUGUGCACGCCCGUUCCGGACACCACGCUGGAGGCCACGGCGUACACAGGCCAACUGCCAGCAGUUGGGCAGCUGCCGGCCCUGCCUGCCGCCAGCCCAGCAGGCUCUACCACUCAGCAGCAGCCGUACCACUACGAAUGCCCGGCUGGCUCCAAGGUUGUAUCGGUCCUUGCGCGCAUCGACAGCACGGCCAUCGCGACCGGUAGCGCCGGUGCAGACACAUCUGCGCUGCUCAACCUGCGUUUCGAGUGUGACAACGCCGCGCCCGACCCCUCCCGCCCCAGCCUGGCAUCAAUCGCGGCCGCCGCAGAGCUGGCUGCCUCCUCUCCCUACUCUGCCGCGGUGCUGCUUGCCGCUACUGGCACCAGCAGCGGUGCGGGGGCUGUGACCAGCGGUGCGGGCAGCGGCGGCAGCAGCAGCGGCGCAGCAGGUGGCGGCGGCCUGCGGCAUUGGCGUAUCCAGUUUCACUGGCGGCCGGCGCCUGCCACGGUCGUCAACACCUGACCCUGCGCUCCCCUGCUGUUUGGUUGAUUGCUGGCUGUGCUGUUGCUUGGCAGCGGGACGUGACUGGACGCAUGGCGGGCCGUUCCUGUACGAACCGACCCCGGCUAUGUCCGGGAGAUGAGGUAGACGCUUGCGGCCUCAGACUGAACAUGUGGCGUGGGCGCAGCCCACUUUUGCCAUGCGAGGGGAUGCGAGGGGAACCACAUAUCUUACUGUCGCUUCUGUCCACCCUCACCGCACUGGUAUUUUUGGUGCACUUGAUGCACACCCUGCCGCGGCGCUGCCUUGACCACAAGCCGCAGCCCUAGCAGUCGCCGCGGCUGGCUGGUGAGCUGGAUUCGGCAGCAGCUGCUGCAGGACGAGCGCAGCGAGGGCGAAGGCGAGGGCGAGCACAGCCGCAGCAAGGCACCAGCGGUUGUGCCUGCGCAUGUGGCGCUCGACAGAGCAGCGGCGCGGGCGCACCGCCGCCCGCUCAGUGUCGCCCACGUCGUCAUGAGACACCGUCAGACUUCAACGCUGGCUCGCAUGGGGCGGGGGGAGCGGAUGCUGGGGCGGAGGUGUGGCGGGUGCGAAGCGCCCGUCAUGCAAGGCGGCGGCGCGCAGGACCAGCAGCCGCCUGGGGCGCGAGACGGUGCCGCACCGCCACCGCCAGGGCGGUCGCCAGAACGGCGCUGGCCGCAUUGCACGGGUCUUGGUGACAACAGCGGCUGUGGCUGCAGGUGCAGUGCUGGACGUCGCCACUGGAAGGCUGCUGUGGGGGCGCAUCCGCCGCGUGCCUACUGGUGCAGUCGCGGGAAGCCUAGCUAUGAUGCGCUCUUUCAUGUACCAGCUAGCUGCAAACGCGCUGGCACGGGUAAGGAGAAGGGUUUCAGCACGCGCAGACAUCGCAUGCAGUCAUUCGCUUUGAGAGUCGGGGGAGUACGGUAGGUAACUGGUGUGGUGGCUGGCGUUACUGCUGCUUGGCCGAUAUGAGACCGUUAACAACACAUGGGGCUGUUAGGCAUUCAUACUGGACCCAUGUCCGGGCCUAUCUUGCAUCAUUGUCCUGACGGUGUGUGUGAGUGCAUACGGUAGAUCGGCUGAGACACAAGUGCGGAUGUGACAUCACUGGAAGUUUGAUCUU